AUGCUCCUGGCAAAAUUGCUCUUUUCCUUUUUCUACACUCCUGUUCAAGAAUCUAUUUCAGUAAAGUUGCCUAAGAAUAAGAACUCACAAGUCAUCAAGCCUCCGGCGUACCAUUAUUUUUUGCAGUCUGAAUACGGUAGCGAUAUCGAAGCGGAGAGCCUAAAUAGCACACAAACGGUGGAGACGCAGACACAUUUUCUCUUCGCCACGCUCUCUCAUCGGUGUCCAAAGGAGCGCGCUUGA